AUGCUUCUACUGGAUAUCUCCUUUAAAAAACUAUAUUAAUAAACUCUAUACACUUUCCGAUAGUGUUUGUUAAUAAAGAAAGAUUUUGAUUCCAAAAAAAAUUUACUUAGUCAAAGAAUGAUUAGACGAAGACCUUAUUAGGGAAAAAUAGAACUACAAAUCCUUAUAAAAUGAAACAAAUAAACUAAAAGCUAGAUUAUAAUUCUAUGAAAAGGAUUUAGUUAUAUAAGGUGAGGUGGAUUAUAAAAGGGAAUUAAAAUAAGCACUAAUAAGAUUGAAAAAUAAAGAAGAAGAAGUGUUUGAAUUGAUGCAAAAUACUAACUAUAAAACAAUAAUAGAGAUGAAGAGAACAAUAUCAUCAUUAAAAUAAGAAUUGGAGAAGUAUCAUGUUUAUUAGAAUUUUUCAGGAAGUACGAAGUCAAUAAUUAAUGAUAAUAUAGAAUUAUUCCAAAAAUUACAAUAAUCCAUUAAAUCAAUCAAGGAAUUAGAAAAAAUAAAAGUAGAGUAUUUCUCAAUAGCUAGAAAACAUUAACAGUUGUAACUUGUUUUAUAAGCAAAAGAUUAGUAAUUAUAGAAAUUUAGAGGAAGAGACCAUCUAAGUGAUAUGAAUAUAAAGCAUGCUCAAAAAAUGAAUCUUAAUUGAGAGAAGAAUUAUUAAUUAAGGAUGAAGAAAUAUCCCAUCUUAAAACUCAAUUGGCUAUCGCUCGAAAAACCAAUAUAGAAGAUAAAGCCAUCAUCGAUUAAACGUAAUAAGAACUUAAAUAAAAAAUUAAUCAUCAUGAGUAUAAAGGUAGAUUUAUAAAGAGAGGAUUGAUCAUUUGCAAAAAGAAAGUUAAUAGUUAGCUGAAAAAGCAAGAAAUUUUGAUAGAUAUUUGAUUGUAAAUCAAAAGAGAAAAAUGACAUGGGUUGAAGACCAGCAAUCAAAUUCUUAAUAUACUUAAGGUUAAGAUGAAGAUUAAUUGGUGAAAAGAAAACCAAGUCGAAGAUAUUGUUUUUGAACUAAAAUUAAGUUUAAGAAAAAACAAUAUUUCCGAUAUUUAAGAUAAGUAUCGUCUCAUUUCCAUUAUUAGAGAGUUUGAGUAUAAUCCAGAGUAAAAAUCUCCAGUACCCCAUGUUCGAAGUGUUUUUAGAACAUUGCUGUAACAUUACUAAUUAAACUUUGAUGAUUACAUUCUAUAAACAGUCGCUAAGGCCUGCUUUUAAGUAUUUGAAUUCUGUUCGAGAAAAAAUAUUCAUAAGCUAAAUUAAUAAGAACUUUUGGAAAGUGUCUCGUAAUUAGAUUUAUAAUGGAACUCAAAAUGCUUUGAUUGUUUUCAACAAUUAUAUUAUAAUAAAUAUAAAGGUUUCCUAUAAUUUGAAGUUCAGAAUGUAAAAAAAUUGUUUGAAUAAUUUUAAAUAUAAUGA